CAGCUAUUUGUUAGCUAUGAACAAAAGUCAUAAAAGAGCUGCAAACUGUAUACUGCAUGCAGCAGCCAUUGGGAACACUUCCCCUUAAUCCAUGCCAUGCAUGUUUUGUAAUCUGUCAUGUUGCAAGCUGCGCUGUGCUAAUGCCUCUCACCAUGUUCUUCUUCGCUCAAGUGUUAUCGAAGAGGUAUUAGUAUAUAAUGAUGUUACAAAAUAAAAUAAUAGUAUUUGACAUUAAUCCAAAAGUUUUAGAGUGAUAUUGAAGGAGCUUAUAAUUAAUGGAAACAGAAGUCAUCUUCAAGGAUAGAAGCAUGUCCAUCUACAAUGUAGUGGUUAUAAUUUUAAGUUUUAAGUAUUUUGCAUUUCCUGUCUAAAGGAGUUAACACGCGUACAUUGGCUUGAAUUUGCAUGCGCAGAAAAAGGGUUGUAUCUGCAAUAGAUUAAAGUUCCUAUAACUAGUUUUUGUGUUUCUAUAAACAGUUUCUGUGAGCAUGCUGACUGGUCUCAUGUAGGGAUCCAACACCUGCAGUCAAAACACAAGCAGUUUCAACAAAUAUAACAAAUAACAUUCAAUUUCCUAAUAUACGGGUACAAUAACUACACUCCUAAUAAUAAUAAAUAGAUCUACACCCACUUGAAUGAGCCUGAGGCUAGCAGUACUGUACAUACACAUGCAGGGAGGUUGUAUAUAUAGCGCCACUACAAUGGGCCUAAUGUGCAUGAUAGCUAGUAGUAUUGUACUCACAGGGAGGUGGUAGGCCACAAUAUAUUAUAUACUAGCUGCAACAACACAGCUAUAUAGCUAGCUAGGGAUAAACCUACUAACUGUCUACCAUUGAAGAGAGACUACCCAUGACCUCCAUGCUGUGUGGACUAGUGUGUGUGGUCCUGCUCUCUGGGCUCACUGCACUGGUAGGGGGACAGCAAGUCUACCUGACUCUGGGAUCUGGUCCUAGUAUCACUAACAAUACUGAGAUCCUCAUCACUACCAUUGGAGAGGAUGCUGAUGGUGGUCUCCCUUCUCUCACCUGUCACACUAACCUCACUACCUGCUGUAGAAACAAUGACAACAAUGGCAUGGGAGGACAAGGACAGUGGACGUAUCCUAAUGGGAGUAUGGUACUGCAAAAUGAUCCCUCAAUGACUGCUGGAGAUCAGUUCUACGUUGUAAGGGGGGCACCUCAGGUACUCAGACUGGCUCGUAGAGAGACUACCAACCCCCUCACUCCAACCGGGUCCUACUGUUGUACUGUACCAACUACUGGAGGAGAUAUGACCCUCUGUGCUAACCUGGUUGCACCAUUCUGUUCUGAUAUUCUCCCGACCAUCUCUAAUGGAGGCAUAACCUAUGCUGGUGGAUCCACUGACAACAGACCUGUGGGAGCUACAGCCACUUACAACUGUAAUGGUCCCUACACUCUGGUUGGAGUGUCAGUGAGGACUUGUGGGAGUGAUGGAGAGUGGAGCUCAACACCAGCUCCAGUGUGUCUGAUAACCUGCUCUGACCUACCCACACUGGCAAAUGGGAACGUCGGCUAUGGUGGUGCUGGAUCCCCUAACAGCAGACCAGUGGACACUGUGGCCACCUACACCUGUAACACUGGCUUCACUCUCACUGGAGGCAUCACUAGGACUUGUGGGAGUGAUAGAAUGUGGAGUACUGGGUCAGCUCCAGUGUGUCAACCUAACUGCCUUGACUUACCCUCACUGAUCAAUGGGAUGAUUAUGUACAGUGCUGGAUCCACUAACAGCAGGCCUAUCGGCUCUAGUGCUGUGCACUCCUGCAACACUGGCUACACUCUCACUGGAGGUACCACCAGGGUCUGUACGAGUGGAGGGAUCUGGAGUGGGUCACCUCCAACUUGUCAAGAAACUUGUUCUGAUUUACCACGACUAAUGAAUGGAGGCAUUACCUAUGAGGCUGGAGCUGUUGACAGCAGACCUAUUAAUACCCUUGCUACCUUCACUUGUGACAAUGGCUACACUCUCACUGGAGGGAGUGUCAGUUUCAGAACUUGUCAGAAUGAUGGGACCUGGAGUGGAACAGCUCCAACCUGUCAAGUGAACACAGGACCCACUGAACCACCCACCACCUGUCCUGACCUCACUGCUCCAACCAAUGGAAUGAUCAGCUACAAUAUGGGGACUGUUAGUCUGAGACCAGAGGACACUGUGGCCACCUACACCUGUGUCACUGGCUACACUCUCAAUGGAGUCAGUACCAGAACUUGUGAGAGUGAUGGAGUGUGGAGUGGGUCAGCUCCAGUGUGUCAAGCCACCUGUCCUGACCUCACUGUACCAACCAAUGGAGUGAUCAUGUACAGCUCUAGUACCUCACCACACCGCCCUCGGGGAACAGUGGCUACACAGAGCUGCUUGAAUGGAUACGUACCCUCCACUACCAGCACUGCUACCAGAGUGUGUAGAGCUGACAGAUUGUGGAGUGGGUCAGCUCUCACUUGUCAGUUACCUCCUGUCUACGUCUCCAUGGGAACCACCAACUAUGCUGCUAAUAACUCACAGGUUGCCAUAGACACCAUCGGAGAUACCACUGAGACAGCAUUGACUUGCAGCACUGACUCAACUAUUUGCUGUACAGGACAAGAUAAUCCCAAUAGUGCCAAUGGAUUAGGAGAUUGGCUGUUUCCGAAUGGAACAGUUGUCACUAGGAGUCUGGACAUAACUGAUUCAGACACUGAUCUACUGUACAGUGUUGGAGAUACAGGUGCACUCAGACUCCAUCGUCGAGGGUCUGUGUCAGACUCCACUGGCUCCUACUGCUGUGUGAUUCCUGACAAUACUGGAUAUAACACAACAUUCUGUGUGCAGUUAGACCCUGGAUCCACUGAUGCUAGCAACACAGGAGGUGUGGUGGCAGGUGUAGUCAUUGUGUUACUCAUUCUAGCCGCUGUCAUUGUGGUGGGUAUCAUUGUCGGGGUCUACUUCUGGAGGAAACUUCGUGGCAACCAGACCAAGUACAGCCCCUCCCCACGCCAUGCCCCUCCCCCUCGCCCCACCCCCUAUCAAGCAUCCUUCAAGAAGAGCAACGGGCAAGACAGUAAAGCCACCAUCCAGAAAGUAGACGAGCCUAGUAUAGUAGAGUUUCCUAGUGAUACUCAUGUGACGGAGGGGGAGGAGGUGUAUCUGAGGGUGAAGGUGGGAGGUCACCCUCCACCCAGUCUCACCUGGUACCACGAUAGUAGGAAGGUGACUGCAGACUAUGCCACAGAACUGGACCAGGACGGUGGAUUAUCCUUCCCUAGUGUUGAGACUAAGCAUGCUGGUGUGUAUAAACUGGUGGUUACUGGAGCCUCAGGGUCAACAACACAACAGGUCGUCACGGUAACAGUGAUGAGUGAGGGUGGUGAGGCUAGUGAGGGGGUGGAGGGGGUGGACUACGCCCCCAUACCUGUGACAGAGUUUGGAGCGUACGUGGCUGACCUCCAUGCUGGCAGCAAUAAGAAGUUCAAACAUCUUUACAAGAAUCUGGACAGUGGGGAGAGGGGUCAUCCAGUGAUUAUUUCAGUGACUCCUGAGAACAAACUCAACAACAGAUUUGGCAACAUUGCUGUGUAUGAUGACAACCUCAUUAUCCUAGACCCCAUCCCUGGACAAGAGGACUGUCAGAGUGACUACAUCAAUGCCUGCUAUGUAGACGGGUACAAGAAGCCUAAAAGGUUCAUAGCAACACAAGGACCACUGCCAGGAACUCUGGUGGACUUCUGGCGUCUCAUGUGGCAGGAGAGACCUCACAUAAUAGUCAUGCUCACCAACCUCAAGGAGAACAACAAGAUCAAAUGCGAACAAUACUGGCCCGAGUCUGGGAAGAAGCAGUUUGGACCAUUCACAGUUGCCAUUACAGAUCAGCAGAUACUGGCUGACUACACCAUCAGAACAUUGGAGGCUUCAUUGGAUGGAGACCGCCGUGUGCUGAGAGUCAAGCUAUUCCAUUUCACUGCCUGGCCUGAUCACGGUGUGCCUGACUAUGCCACGCCCAUUCUUGGGUUCCAUCGUCGGGUUAAGUCUCAGCACAAGCCAUCGAAAGGUCCUAUUCUGAUCCACUGCAGUGCUGGUGUGGGACGCACAGGCACUUACAUUGCCAUUGAUAAUGUCCUCGAUCAGAUCUCUGUCGAUGGUCUCAUCGAUAUUUCCAGUACCAUUGUCAAAUCUCGCAACCAGAGGAUGAAGCUUGUACAAACACAGGACCAAUAUGUGUUCAUCCACGAUGCUAUCCUGGAGUCAGUGACGUGUGGAGACACUCAGAUCAGUGCUGGAGAUCUGCGCAGACAGAUACAGAAGAUGUCAUUAGUAUCCACGGGAAAAACCAUCUCUGAUUUCCAAUACCAGUUCCAAAUUCUGGAACAGGUUACUCCAAAUCCUAAAGAAGUUCGAAGUCCUAUUGCUGUUAAGAAUGCUGCCAGGAACAGGAACAUGGACUACCUGCCACCUGAAACCAGUCGUGUGAUUCUGAAGGGAGAGCAACCUGACUACAUUCAUGCUGUGUUUGCUCAUGGCUACAAGCACCAGAAGGCAUACAUCAUUGCCCAGAAUCCACUGGACUCAACUGUGCGUAACUUCUGGAAGGUGAUCUAUGACAGGAAGUGUGCGGCUGUUGUGAUGUUGACUCCACUCAGUGAGAAUGGGCAGGAGGUAUGCUCCCAGUACUGGCCAGAGAGUGGCAAUGUCACCUCCUUCGGUGAGUUCACCAUCGAUAACUUGGGGGAGGAAACCAACACUGGGUUCAUUAUGAGGCAACUGAGUGUCCUCAAUGAAAAGACCCAAAAGGCCCAUCAAUUAACUCAGUUCCACAUCACUAACUGGAAUAGCAGUGGAAAGUGUGAGAACCUCAAGACUGUAACUGAUGUCAAUGAGGAGGUUAUAAAGGUUCAAAGGAGGACUGGAAACAACCCUGUGCUGGUCCACUGCAAUGACACUGCGACCCGCUCUGGUAUGUACUGCUCUGUAGCUACUACCAUUGACCGUUGCAAGACAGAGGGAGUGGUGGAUGUGUUCCAGGUGGUCAAGGCUCUCAGGGUCCACAAGCCAGGGGCAGUACCCUCAGUCGUGAGUUCAUCUGCUGCUUACAUAGUGGGAGGCUUGUACUAUUGCAAGAGCCAGACCUUGUCUAGGGCCUGUACCAACCCAUACUGUUUAAUACAAGAGAUUUUAAAGCUUCAAGCCUCUGUACUGUUGAUUAGUGCCAUUUCCAAUGUAGUUUUGUACCAUCAUGUGUACUGUAUUUGCGCGUCAGUCAAUAUGACUGCCACGUGCAGAGAUGAUAGCUUCAGAUAGGGUCAAAGUUCACUGAGGCUACUAUUUUAGAGGGACUUCUAUUGCACUGAAGAUGGGCUGUAGGGAGGCUACUAUUUGAGUGUGGCCUUUAUACAAGAGCGGCCUCUAUCAAGCAAAUACUGUAGUUAGUGUAUCCCCUCACAGGACAACUACAAGGAUCUGUUUGAUGCUACUCUGGUCUACUUGGACUCCUUUGACAACUAUGCCAACUUCCAAGAUAUUUGAUGUACAUGAACUAUACACAAGAAAUGAACAAAUUGUUUACAUGAUUUCUGUUGAGUAUAAUAGAUUUGUAUGGACAGACCUGAGAUUAUUAACUUCCCUUUUUUUAGAGAGCUCUUUAGUGUAAUCACGAGCACAGCUGUUUGUUAAUCACCCUGAAUUCAAUGAUAAUAACCAAAUAACAUCGCAGACAUAAUUAUUAAACAUAAAUUCAAGCGGUUUCAACACAUAUAACAUGAUAUAUAUAUACGUAGUAUAGCAUUCAAUUUCCUUAUAAGAAUACGUACGUACAAUAAGUACACUCACUCAAGUUUAAAAGUAGAUCUACGCCCACUUUGAAUGGGCCUAAGGCUAGCAGUACAGUAUAGUAUUGUGCUUACACAGGGAGGUGGUAUAUAUAGCGCCACUACGAUGGUCCUAAGGCUAUAGCGUGCAGUACUCUACUUCAGGGACUCCGAGGUGGUGUAGGGCCACAAAGGCAUUGUACUAGCUGCAACAACACAGCUAUCUAGCUAGGGAUACCUACUAACUAUCUACCAUUGAAGAGAGACUACCCAUGACCUCCAUGCUGUGUGGACUAGUGUGUGUGGUCCUGCUCUCUGGGCUCACUGUACCGGCAGGGGGACAGCAAAGUAAGUCAGUAUAAUUAUAUAGCUUUAGCUAUAUACGGUGUAAUAUUAAGGUAGAUUCCUGC